AUGGAGACACCUAGUUCUUCUAAAUCGCCUUCUGGCACAUCCAGUCCUAUAGGAACCCCGGAUAUCAAAGAGCUGCAGGGACUUCAAUCAGAUAAGAGAUUACAACGAUUACAGUUUUUGGUUGAACGAUCUAAAAUUUACGCGUCUAUCUUAACACAGCGUCUGGCAAUACCUACUUCUGACUCAAAUGACCUUGGGCCAGGAAAUUUGGAGGAACAAACUUCAGAGAUAAGCACCCCGCCUACUACGCCACCGAGCACUAGGCACCAAAAGGAUGUUGAACCUCUCGUUAAAAGGCGUCGUGGUAGACAGUCAAAGGCAGCAUUAGCUGCUCAAUCUGCAGCCAAAUCUGCUUCAGCUAAAAACACCCAGAGAAGUAUUUUGAAUUUUGUUAAAAAGGAAAAGCGUUCAUCUCGAGACGAAGAUUCGAACGUUGUGGCAAAAGCUGCCCAAGCCCCCCUUGAACCAUCGAAAACAGGUACAGGUCAGCCAACUCUUAUCACUGGUGGUACUCUUCACCCUUACCAAGUGGCUGGUGUUCAAUGGAUGGUUUCAUUAUUUGAAAAUGGUCUUAAUGGUAUUUUGGCAGAUGAGAUGGGACUGGGUAAGACUCUACAGGUAAUUUCAUUUAUCGCCUAUCUUAUUGAACAUUCUAUUCCUGGUCCCUUCUUGAUUGCUGCUCCACUAUCAACUAUCGAGAACUGGAUUAAAGAAUUCAACAAAUUCGCACCUGGCAUUCCUGUCAUUAAAUACCAUGGUACGCCUGAAGAAAGGGCUGAAAUUAGGAAUAAUCACAUGAAUAGGAAGAGAGCGACCGACAGAGCGUUCCCGAUUAUCGUUACGAGUUACGAGAUUAUUAACAAUGACGCUAAGUUUCUUGGACAUUACGAGUGGAAAUAUAUUAUUGUCGAUGAAGGUCAUCGUUUGAAGAAUAUGAAUUGCAGACUGAUAAAGCAGCUGAAAAAAUUCGACUCAGCAAACAGGCUGUUACUAACAGGAACGCCUCUACAAAACAAUUUAGCAGAAUUGUGGUCUUUGCUCAACUUUUUGUUACCAGAUAUAUUUACUGAUCUUGAGCUAUUCCAAGCAUGGUUCGAAAGCGCUGGCUCAGAUGAUGGAGACUUUAUCGGUUCAGCUGGCGAUAACUUAAUAUCAAGUUUACAUGCCAUUUUGAGACCAUUCUUAUUACGCAGACUCAAAACAGAUAUUUCUAUGUUCUUGCCCGAUAAAAGGGAGUACAUUAUAUAUGGCGGCCUAACAGACGAACAAACUGAACUGUAUGAGAGAAUUUUGCAACGUACGGCAAGGGAGUAUGUGGUCGAUACAAUUUAUCAACACCGGGAUGCAAAGUAUGGAAAAGAUAGAAACCGCGCAAAAAAGACUACUGGGAAUGGUAUGAAAACAUCACCACAAGCUGAUGAGCAAAGGAACCCAGAAACGGGACGUCCAAUCCGUUCCACUAGAAGCAAAGGAAUCGAAUCAAAACAUAGUAGUCCUAGUAGGUCGAUUCUUAGGCGUGGUGCAAAGACUCGCGCGCUAGCCAAUCAAAGUAUUGACGAUACUGAGGAUGAUGACCUCCAGGAUGAUGACGAGUUCAUAAAGUCUCUUCAAGCUAAAGCCGACGCAAGAUUAUCAGCCAGUAUUCAGGAGGAGUAUAAUGAUGAGACUGCAAGACUAAUAAAACAAGCGAACAACGAGGCGCGAACUAAAAGCUUCCAAAACCUUGUCAUGCAGUUGCGAUUAGCUUGCAAUUCACCGUAUUUAUUCUAUUAUCCUUGGUCGGCAGAUGAACCGGUAGACGAUAAGAUUAUUACCGUGUCGGGUAAAAUGAUGUUGCUAGACAAACUCGCCACAAAGCUUUUAGAAAAGCAACAUAAGAUACUCAUUUUCAGUCAGUUCACCAAGAUGCUAGAUCUUCUCGAAGACUGGGCUUACCUCAAAAAUUGGAAAUAUUGUCGGAUUGAUGGGUCGACGGACCAAAAAUUCAGACAAGAGCAGAUGGAUGUCUUCAACUCAGAUUCGAGUUAUAAACUAUUUUUACUUUCGACUAGAUCAGGUGGUCUAGGAAUAAAUUUGACCUCGGCAGACACGGUGAUAAUAUUUGAUAGUGAUUGGAAUCCUCAACAAGAUUUGCAAGCCAUGGAUAGAGUACAUAGAAUUGGUCAGACAAAACCGGUCGUUAUUUAUCGACUUGCAACCUCAAAUACGGUGGAACAGAAGCUUUUAGAGCGAGCUGGAGCAAAGAGGAAACUCGAACAAGUUGUUAUUGAAUCUGGCCGAUUCAAGGGAUUUGGUUUUGAGGGAGCUAAUCAAGAGGAAACAGUCGAAAAUAUGAAGAAAGAGCUGAAUAAGGGCAAGGCUGCUUUCAAGUCCUCUAUGGAAAUCUCUAAUAAAGAUCUUCAAAUUAUAAUGGACAGGUCGCCCGAGGCCUACCAACGUGCCCGAGAUGGUGCUGAGGGACUUUCUGAACACAUUGCGUCAAUUAUAUCUGCAACCAAGCCUAAGGGCUUACUAUAA